AUGUUAUCUCAACCCGCCGACAAAUGGGCCAUAUUGCGUCGCUUGCGUUCAUUGAGUGAUCGGGGUUGGACUCAAUCAUUGCCUGUCGGGGUUUUCAUUAUUCACCACCCAGAAGGAAUCUUCUUAUUUGACACGGGCCAGUCGCCCUGUUGCAAUGACGCGGGGCAUGCACCAUGGGCUUCGUUCCUCAGUAAUUUCUUGGCCGAAUUCACCAUCAGCGAGGAGGACUCUAUCGUCAAGCUUCUCGCAAAACAAGGAAUAAAACCAUCUGACUUUAAAGCUAUUGUCCUAAGCCAUCUCCACGAUGAUCACGCUGGUGGCCUUGAAGAUCUCGUUUCCGAGGCCCCAGAUGUCCCCAUAUACGUCAGCCAAGAGCAUUGGAAAGCCUUUGGUGAGAAUCCACUGCUUGCUAGUUUUCAGGGUGCGUCACCCAAUCACUGGCCGAAAGACUUUUCACCUCGAAUCAUCAACUUCGAGGAUAAAGCCAUUGGUCCGUGGAAACAGUCUUAUUCGCUGACCGCCGAUGGAGGCAUUGUAGUCGUGGACACAUCUGGACAUGUCCCCGGCCACAUCUCCAUCAUUAUCAAAGGGCAAACUGCAGAGCAUAAACCUGCCACUUACUUUUUGCCUGGAGAUGCAACCUACGGGAUUACCCCGUUAAGUAAAGAGGAGCCAGAUGGCAUCAAUGAUGACCCCCUGCGUGCACUGCAGAGUUUGAAGUUGAUCAAAGAGUAUGCUCGUCAAACUGAUGUUGUGAUUCUUCCUAGUCAUGACCCAGACACUCCAAGGCUGCUCGCAGAAUCUGUGGUAUUCCGCGAGGCUCGACCCUAA